UCAACAUCUAACACUACUAAAAGUCGAAUAUGAAGAGUAAAGAGAGUGUCCACGUCGACCAUUAAAAUCAACCAAUGAGGUUGCUUAGUUUUUCCACGUCAAACCGAAUGGGACCGGUCUUGGGCUGUAUUUUUUUUAACCCUGAAAAACAAAGAAACAUGUUGAUCAAAAGCCCUGGUCCGAUAAAGUCGGAUAACGUCGUGAAUCUUUGACGUCUCUCUUCUCUUCGCUCUUUGGAAACCCUAAAUGAAUCUCUUCGACAACUCCUCCCUUCGCCGUUUCCCCUUCCUCAACGGAUCAAUCAAUCGACACCGUAUUCAUUAGUGAGCAAUGAAUCCUCUGAGUUUCACAUUAAUGGAUUCCUUUCGCCUUAUCCUCUCUACCUCUCUUUAUAAGUCUCUUCUUUUCACAGAAUUGUUACAGAAAAAAAAAACACUCAAACGAUGAAUUCCAGCAGAAAAUUCCAAAACGAUCUUACCGCGAAUAAACCAAACGGAAAAGACGUUGUCUCCUCAUAAGUCUCCGGCGAUCCUAAGUCGAAGAAACCAAACGGCAAAUCCGUUGACUCCUCCGCCGAGCCGCUAUGUUCAAUGAUAAAAAGGAAGAGGUCGUCUCAACUGGAGAUCUUCCCACGCUCAUCUCAGACUCCAACGAGCAGCCUUGAAGAUAUACCUCUGUAUAUUGACUUCUCUCUAUGAAAAAUUACUCUUCUAAAAGGAUGAGAGCAGUUUUCGGAAGCUCGAUGGAGAGCUGGAAGAUGCAGAGCAAAAGGUCCCGGAAAGACAUUGAUGACAAUGUUCAGAUAUAUAUGAAAUUCACUAAUUCAGUUCAUGGCUAUUGAAGAGAACGAUGAGAUCUUGAGAGGUCUAUGCGGAGAAGACGGUGUUGUUUAUGCGAUAUGUGAAUUGCAAGAGGAAUGUGAUUCUAGAGGCUCGUUGAUCUUGAAGAAGUAUAUGGAGUUUAGGAAGCGAGCUAGGUUGGCUUCUGAUAUCAACAACUCUCCAAAUUUGAAUCUGCUUGCUGGUGGUGCUUCUGAAGGACCAGACCCGAGAGAAGUAGAGCUCUAUGUGGAGGAGAUACUCUCUCUGAUGCAGUUAGGUGAGGAUUACACAGAGUUCAUGGUGUCAAAGAUCAAGUCUUUGACGUCAGUUGAUGCUGAGUUGUUACCAAAAGCUACGAAAGCGUUUAGAAAUGGUAGCUUUAGCAAAGUGAUUCAGGACGUGACGGGAUUCUAUGUGAUACUAGAAGGGUUCUUUAUGGUUGAGAAUGUGAGGAAAGCCAUAAGGAUUGAUGAGCAUGUACCGGACAGCCUUACCACAUCAAUGGUGGACGAUGUGUUCUACGUGUUGCAGAGCUGUCUGAGGAGAGCCAUUUCGACUUCGAACAUUAGCUCUGUGAUUGCUGUGCUGAGCAAUGCUGGUAGCUUGUUGGCUAAGGAUUACCAUGAAGCUUUGCAGCAGAAGAUUAGAGAGCCUAACCUUGGCGCUAGGCUGUUCUUAGGUGGUAUUGGUUGCAUAAAGACGAUGGUCGACUUAAAACCAAAUCUCGCUUACUAACUAACAUUAUAGAAGAGAGCAUCUAUCAAGAUCACGAGUUCGAAUGCCAUAAAAAUAGCUACUUUUAAAUGCUUUCUUAUCUAAAACAUGAUGAGCUAAAAGCUCAUAGCUUCUUAAUUCCCUAAAAAAAGUUCUAACACAUUGCAUUACCAAUAAAUCAUCUUAAAUUUUUUUGUUAGUUGUACAAAUAAUUUUGUUCCUUUUAGUAAUUUGAAAACGUACUUGAAUUUUAUUCAUUUUAACUGAGCUGAUUAUAAACCUUCUCAAAAUUCAUUAUUUAUGGAUUUGGAAGUUCAUAAACAGGUAUACACAGUGGGUUUUAGCUCCAGAUAUACACAAAACAAGCAUCUAUACUCAAACUAUAUCAACAUUCAUUGUAUAGAUUAGGCGACAGAAAAACAUUCCUUCUAGAUUAUUAAAUUUUUUGAUUAAAAAAAAUAGAUUAUUAAAUUAUAAUAAGACGAGAAACUUAUUUGGUUACAAGUCCCAACAAUCAAUAAAAAGGAAUAAUAGAUGAUGAAAUUUCAAAUAUAUGGAAAAUAUAAUUAUAUUUUUUAUUUACAUGAAACUGGUUAACGGAUGGUAUUCAGAUAAAAAUCAUAUUUCCAUUGUAUCUUAAACUUUGGCAUAAAUAUAAAUUUCAAUCAUCUCAGAAGGCUCGACUAAAAAUAUAAUCCCUCUGAUCAAUCUCUUUGCCCCUCAUUUUUAGAGAAAAAAUAGAUGAAUACAUUGGAGAUAGUCUAAGACAUGAUCGACGUAAAUGAUCGACGUUGAAAUUUCAGCUUUUCUGAUUCUUACUAUUCUAAUGUUUCAAUAUAAUUUGAAUAUUUCUUUUGCUUUAUAAUAUAAUGAUUUGAAAGUCUUUUUUGUUUCACUAUAUAAAUUGUUUUUAUAUUUCAAUGUAACUUUAUAAUUAUUGGAUAUUAUGUGGCCAAUUAAAUUAUGUAAAUUACUGUGUAAUUGAUUAAAUUAAUAUAUUAAAUGACAGUUUUCUAAAGUAAUAACUUUUAAAUAUUACAGAUUCUAAUUAACUGAUUACAUUUUGAAACAAAUAGAGUAAUCUAUAAACUAAUUCUAUAUAGAUAUGAGGACAAAAUUGUAAAAUGUUAUCACUUUGAAUUUCUCUCAUUCUGUGCAUUCCUAAUUGGAAUGAGAUAAUCAACAUCUAAUAUUAUGUUACCCUCAGUAUAUUAGAAAUUGUCGAACCGUAAACCAAUUAAGGAUGAUGUAAGGAAGACGUAAAGAUGUAUUUCCAGUUAUCACAACUUAAUUAUGUCCAUACUUUCUAAUAUUAUAAUAUCUCACCAUAUUAGUGGCUAAAUAAGUUUUCUCUAGCACAAAUACUCACUCUAUUCUUGGAGUUUAAGUUUUUAUAUCUUAUGAUAUUAGUAGUUUGCUCCAAAAAAAGAAACGGCGUACUGUACAUUGUAAUUGGAGAAAGAAAACAAAUAAAAAUCAACCGAAGACUUUUAAGGUAUAUGAAACAAAAAUUGGAAAUAGCAAUUCUUUGUAACUAAAGAAUAAGGCAAUGAAAUUGUAAAAAUACAAAAUAAAACAAAAAAAUAUACACAGAAAGAAAGAUUUAGUAAAAUCGUAAUAUAAUUUCCAUAAUUGAUAGUGCUCAGUUACACUAAAAAGUCUUAAUUUACAACAUACACAGUUUUAUUUACAUCUUUAAAUCUAUUAUCUAAUUAAAAUGAUUCUAAAAAAAGUGUCAGCAUGAAGAGUUAUAAAAUAUACGAUAAAAUUUAAUACAUAACGUUAAAAAUACAUUAUCACUGAUCACUAAGAAAUCAUGUUAGUGUAAUAAAAAUAAAAUGACAACACAUUUAUUAAAACCAUAGAACGGCACACAACAAAGUGUUAUUAAAUAUACAAACUACAAAUUAAAUAU